AUGAAAGCGCCGUCGCUGUACGACACCCGGAAGCCCAUCGACCAGGAGCUGAGCGACAUCUCGCUGCGCAAGAACAACUUCCUGCUGCCUGUGCCAAUGGGCCAUUCCCGGAGCGCAUGGCUGCGACACCUGAACGCCUCCGCCUCAUCGGACAUGGUAUUAGCCUUAUCGAACCGACGCGGCGCCGCCGAUUCUUCGGCUUCUCGUCGCAUCGCAUUCAUCGACUCAUCGGCUCAUCGUCGCAUCGCUUCAUCGACUCAUCGGCUCAUCGUCGCAUCGCUUCAUCGACUCACUCGACUCAUCGACCUCAUCGAUCUCAUCGAACUCACUCGAUUCAUUCACUCAUCGACUCAUCGUUUCAUCGAAUUCAUCGAUCAUUCGAUUCAUUAG